UCCAAGAUUAUCCUUGUGGGUGACCUUUAGAACUAACAUAAAGUAAGACAGUUUGGUAAACAAAAAGACCCCGAACUAGGCGCCUUUUAUAUGGAUAGCCAGUAGUUGGUUUCCUGUUCCCGUAAGAUUGGGAGUUAGACAACAUCGCAUCGGACUUCUUGUAAUCAUCCUUAAAACUCAAAGGAUUCACGUGACAAUCCGAAGCAAAGUCGGAAACCACCACCGUACUUUUCCCCAUCCCUACAGAGAGGAGAUAAGAUAAGAGGACAUCGAGAGACAAGACAACCAAAAAGAAAAAGCCAGAGAGGCACCCCUGUUUCUGUGCUGACGAAGAGGCAUGAAAAAACCUUUCUCAUUCUUAAACAACAAAAACAGAAGCAGCAAUUCAAGGAGGAGAAGUUUGUAUGAGCUACGCUUGUCUUUGAUUCUCUUACUUUGGGGUCUUCUCUUCUCUUUCUGUGCUGGUCAUGAAAAUCAAGGGAAUUUGACUCCUGACAACGGUAGCAUACCUUUUUCUAGUGAUCUUAAAGAUACUACUCUUCGUGGUGAUACACCUUCACAUGAUGCAAUUACAAGCAAUAAUGAUACAAAUGGAAUUCUGCUAGAGGUCAAUCCGUCUACCAGCAGUAAGAAUGCUACAGUUCAUACUGACUUGGGAAAUCAGAAGUGCCCACUUCCAGAGACAAAUAGAUUACAAGAAAUAAUUUUGAGUGCUUUAGGUUAUGGAUCUUCAGUGUAUAAAAUGCGGAAUCCUGAAGAACUGAAGACAGGUAAACCGAAAGAAGUACCGAGUGGGAGACCUCAGCAUUUGACUUAUCUCAACUUUGACGAGUUCUGGAACAUAAUAAGACAAGAAAAAGGCAAACUUAUCCCCAAGCAGCUUGCUAACAUCACCCAUCGGCUUGAACCUGAUGGAAGAGAGUAUAACUAUGCCUCUUUGGCAAAGGGCGCAAAGGUGCUUGCGUAUAAUAAGGAGGCUAAAGGAGCAUGUAACAUACUGGGGAAGGAUCAUGAUAAGUACCUGAGAAACCCUUGUUCUGUGGUAGAGAAGUUUGUUGUUAUCGAGCUUUCGGAGGAGACACUGGUUGAUGUUGUUAAAAUUGCAAAUUUUGAACAUUAUUCCUCCAAUUUCAAGGAUUUUGAACUAUCCGGAAGUUUAAACUAUUCAACCAAAAGUUGGAUUCAUUUGGGAAAUUUCGUGGCUGCAAAUGUCAAGCACAUUCAAGAUUUCAAACUGCCAGAACCCAAAUGGGUGAGGUAUUUGAAGUUGAAUUUACGUAGCCAUUACGGGUCAGGAUUUUACUGCACAUUGAGUGUUGUCGAGGUAUAUGGAGUAGAUGCCAUUGAGCGUAUGCUUGAAGAUUUCUUUGUGCCAUCCGAAGAACCUCUUCCCAUUGAAUUUCCAAAGCCUAGUUUAACUGCAGCACCACAUUUAAAGCCAGAAUUAAAUCUAACUGACAAGGGGAGUAGUGGAAAAGUUCGCAAUGGGGUCGAUAAUGCUGGUAUGGGGGCCGAGAACCUAUCUGAUAUUCAACAAUCCCAUUCCGAUGGGAAGAAAAGUCCUGAGAGUAUAAACAUAAUUGCUGAACCAGUAACUGAAGUUAGACAGCUACCAAUUAGCAGGAAACCAGGCGACACUCUUCUAAAGAUCUUGAUGCAGAAGGCGAAGUCACUAGAACUAAGUUUAACUAUGCUUGAGGGGUAUAUUAAAGAAACGAAUCAGAGAAAAGGAGAAAUUAUGCCAAAGCUUGAAGAAGAGCUAUCCGGAAUUUCAUUGCUUGUGGAGACGACCAGAACAGAAAUUAGAGAUCUCAUGGAAUGGAAGGAGAACACGGAUAAAGUGCUCAUGGAGUACCAGUCAUGGAAAGCCGGUGUCUCAUCUAGUAUGGAUACGUUGGUCAGAGAAAAUACAAGGCUAAGCAGAUUGGACAUCGAAAAGGUUGCAAAUGAUCAGGCAAAUCUGGAAAGUAAAGAACUCGCCGUGCUAGCCAUGAGUCUUUUCUUCAUGUGCUUUUCAACUGUCAUGCUAAUCUCUGCAAAAGUUUCAAAAUAUUUAGGAGCAGCUUCAAAUUCGGACAAGGCAUGCCGAACCAGCAGAGGUUGGAUGAUGAUACUAGUUAGCAGCACCAUGAUAAUAUUCAUUACAAUACUCUCCAGCUAGUCCCUUCGUCGUAGCUUGAAUUUUUCCCCAGAGCAUUGCAGUCAGCUAAUGUAAUGCUUCGGGGUUGCGAUAUUAUAAGAACUACAACGACUUUCAUUAACUUGUUCUGUAGGUGGUCUUCGUUUUUUGUAGCUCUAGAAAAUCAGGUCAUUUGUUGAUAUUUGGCUUUGGCCUCCUUGUAACUGUAGCUUUUACACGAAUGUAAAGAAUGUUGUUAUUGUCUCUGUCUUGUUUUAAUCUUGAAUGAAGGCGUGGUAGUGAAGAGUAUUGCCAUUUUUCC